AUUUAUUAAAAACAGGAACUUGAACAGAAUUACAUGUUUUGAGUACUUUUAAAAGCGUUCGAGAAUUCCAGGCUGCAACAGAAUAAUACUGAAGAGGGACGUCGUUUAAAAGAGGAUUCCUGUAGGCCGCAUUAACACGAGCUCCGCCAUCAUGGCCGACGACUUUGACAUCGAAGCCAUGCUUGAGGCGCCCUAUAAAAAGGAUGAGACCAAGUCCAUAAGUUCCAAUGGGCAUGAAGAACGGAGCAAGAAGAAAAAGAAGAGCAGAAGUCGUAGUAGGAGCAGGGAGAGAAAGAGAAGCAAGAGCCGGGACCGCAAAAGGAGCCGGAGCCGGGAGAAGAGUCGUGAACGAAAGAGGAGCCGGAGCCGGGACAAGAGACGCAGUCGGAGCCGAGAGAGGAAACGCAGUCGUUCCAGGAGCAGGGAGCGUGGCGCUCGCUUCAGAACAGCCUUUUCUGGCCUGAAAUUUAAUGGUGGUUCCAGGGGGAAGACUGGCCCACUGCCUAUCAUCAAACUAAGCCGAAGAAAGUCUAGAAGCCGUAGCCCAUUCAGACGAGACAAAAGUCCCAUCAGACAGCCUAUAGAUAACCUCACACCAGAGGAGAGGGAUGCCCGCACGGUUUUUUGCAUGCAACUUGCUGCCAGAAUCCGGCCCCGGGACCUGGAAGAAUUCUUCUCUGCUGUGGGAAAAGUGAGGGAUGUGAGGAUGAUCUCUGACAGAAACUCCAGAAGGUCCAAGGGUAUAGCCUACAUUGAAUUUGUGGACGCCACCUCUGUACCGCUAGCAAUUGGUCUGUCUGGGCAAAGGCUGCUUGGAGUACCAAUCAUUGUUCAGGCUUCACAGGCUGAAAAGAACAGAGCUGCUGCAAUGGCCAACAACCUACAGAAAGGCAGUGCUGGACCUAUGAGGCUGUAUGUUGGCUCACUGCAUUUCAACAUCACAGAGGACAUGCUCAGAGGGAUCUUUGAACCAUUUGGACGGAUUGAUAGUAUUCAGCUUAUGAUGGAUAGUGAAACAGGGCGAUCCAAGGGAUAUGGUUUUAUCACAUUUGCUGAUGCUGAGUGUGCGAAGAAAGCCUUGGAACAGCUAAAUGGCUUUGAACUGGCUGGCAGGCCAAUGAAAGUGGGUCAUGUGACUGAGCGCACUGAUGCCUCUACAGCCAGCUCGUUUCUGGAUAACGAUGAACUGGAAAGGACUGGCAUUGACCUGGGCACCACUGGGAGGCUGCAGCUAAUGGCCAGGCUGGCCGAAGGGACUGGUAUGCAGAUCCCUCCAGCUGCACAGCAGGCUCUUCAGAUGAGCAACUCAAUGGUGGCAAUGGCAGCAGCUACAGCGGCUAUGAAUCCUGGAUUGAGUUUCAACAUCAACGUGCCCACAAAUCAACCUCUCAAUCUACCAUCUCAGCCAAUUGCCACACAUUGCUUCCAGCUGUCCAACAUGUUUGAUCCAAAUUCGGAGAAUGAACCUGGAUGGGAUGUUGAAAUCCAAGAUGAUGUAAUUGAAGAAUGUAACAAACAUGGUGGAGUAAUUCAUAUAUAUGUGGACAAGAAAUCUACUGAGGGAAAUGUAUAUGUGAAGUGCCCAAGCAUCCCUGCUGCAAUGGCUGCUGUUAGUGCAUUACAUGGACGCUGGUUUGGAGGUAAAAUGAUCAAAGCUGCAUAUGUCCCUCUGCCAACAUACCACAAUCUUUUCCCUGAGUCGGUGCAAGCUACACAACUUCUUAUGCCUACUCGCCGGUGAUCCCUGGAGCUACACUUUUUUCGCUUUCUCUUUUUAAUAUUCAAUUCUUGCAAGCUUUGACACCUUUGUGUAUGUUUAUGCCCCUACAUCACCUGGGCAUUAAACAAGUUUAUGUGGUAAUUUUGUAUGUACAGCCUAUUUUGUUCCCUUUCUUGGAGGGCCUUUUGACCCCUUAUUGUUUAUACAGUUUUCAGGGUUUGUUUUCUUCCACACAUUGUCUGUGAUUUGGCAUGAGUUCCACUAGAAGACAUGUACAGUUACCCACACAAAACUACAACUGUUGAAUCUUUUUUUGAAUGAAUUAAAAUCUUGUAGCUUUGGUUAAAUAUCUACAUACAGUGUUUUGGGCUCUAUGAGCUGAAGGAAAAUUAAAAUGACUGAUAAGAACCUGUGUGUUCAUAGAGACCAUUAUGGGUUUUGAUGCAUUGUCUUUUUCUAAUUAAGACUUGAUUUUGUAAAGUCCUUGAUGAACAGUUCAUUUCAAAUAAAGCCAUGAUGCUGGUUUAUUUGUCAUGUUUCAA